AUGAUCUUGAGUUUGGUGAUGCUUCGACUAGUUUUUAUAUUGUUGGUUUCGAAGAGUUCGGUUUGGGUAUCUGGCGAGAUUUUGAAACCACAGGUCAGUUAAAUACAUUUCAGGGAUAUUUGUUGGAAAAUUGUUGGGAGUUUCAAAAUAAACUUCAAAUUCAAAAAAAUAUGGAUAAUUCAAGUUAACUUUUGUUUGAAUUCCGAAAUGAUCCAGAUACUUUACAAAAAUAAAUUUCAACCAAGGCAACUUUUUGUAGCGAUGAUUUUCAACUUUUAAUAAAUAAACACAAUUCAGAAUUUCAUGACAAAUAUUAUUUUUCAAAUCCCGAAUUCAGGUUUCCCAAUCCACUUUCUGAAUUUUUUUGAAACUCAAAUUCGGGAACAAUUUUGGUUUUUUUUUUGCAUUUUGACUGAAAAUAUUGGGAAAGAUAUUCUUCAAAUAUGACAAAAAAAUGUUUCAAUUUUUUUCAGAAUUUGUGUCCGAAAUUUCUGGAAAAAUUUGAACUUUCACAUAUUAAUCAAGAUUUCCUAGUUUUUCUUGAGUUUUUUUUUCGAAAUUUCUGUUACUGAUUGAAGUUUAUUUAUAAUUUUUUUUUCAAAUGAUAGGAAAAAAUGAGUUUAGAUUCUAAGAUAAAAUUCAUCGUUUUUUUUUUGAAAUUUUGAAAUUUACUUUUAAAAAUCUCAAAAUAAUAAAUUCAGGAAAUUUUUUCCCCGAGAUUAUAUGAGAUCAAAAAAACCUCUGGUUUCAUUCUGAAAGUUUUUCACAAAAUUCCUCUAAAUUUCCAAACUUUCAGAUGGACGCAGUUCUUCUCGAUGAACUUCUCCGCGAUAUUGUCGAUUCUUCAAUGUCCGAACUUCGUUUUCGUCUUCAAGAAGCCGUAUUUGCCACUGCAUUUCGUCGUCGAAUCCAACAAUCUGCUUCCUCCUCUUCUUCAGAAUCGAAAAAUACAAUGAUCGACAAAUUCUUUGAUGAUUAUUUGAGUGCCACAACAACCAAACCAACUACAACAUUAGCUCCACAAAAACUAUCAAUAGCUCUUGAAACCUAUACAAAAUCUCCAAUAAAAUUGAUAACCGCUGGAAAUAUUGAAGAAGAAUCGAAAGAUCUGGAAGAAACAACCGCUUCUGGAAGAAUGUUUAAUGAUGCUGCAUUGAAGGUUUGUUCAAUUCAAUAUAUAAACUAACCUUUCUAAAAUCUUUUUAUAUUUUUCAGGAUCCUUCACUUCCUCGAAUUCCAGUUUGGAUUGCUCUAACAGUUUCAUCAAUUUGUUUCCUCUCAUUUCUUCUUUUCAUAUUCUCAUUAUGUUUUUAUUGUUCUCGUCAACGCCACAUUCACAAACUUCCACGAAAUCCUCCCCAGAUGCCAUCUCCUUUAACAGUCGCCGGACUUCGUCGAUCUUCCGUAAUAAUUGAAAAUGAUCGUGCAAAUUCCUCAAUUAUGUGGUCAAAUCCUCAUUUACCCUAA